AUGGAUAAGGCGCCACAUUCGGCGAAGCAGUUGCGGCCCUCACCACGUGGAGAGCGGCGUGGAUGGAUUCUCACGAUAGUGCUUCUUACGGGCCUGGUUUUGCUCGCUGCCUUGCUCCAAUUCAGGCGUGAUUCUGGCGCAGCUUCCGGCUCAGUCGUCCACUUUGUCAACUACCCCGGGCAACUCGGCAAGAGUUCUUCGUACGGCAGAUUCCCGCUCCCCAACGACCCGUUUCGCUUCCUACCUUGUACCUCGGCGACUUUGCCGCCACCGCUUGAUGAUGAUACCCCUGAGCGAACAUGGGCCGCUCGGUUCGACCCUAGUCCUGAGAAUUGGAGCUGGGGCAACCGUCGAGAGGGCGAGAAUGACACUCGCAUCGACGACGAUGACCCUUAUUCCGGGCGCGGGAUAUUCCUAUGCGGCUACCUGGACGUUCCGCUAGACUACACCAACAAGUCCGACAGCCGCAUUGCCCGCCUCGCGGUCACCAAGUUCCAGGUCUCAGGCCUGGCGCGAGCGGACGACGGCGCAGCGAACAAGUCUGCUGGCAGGAAGAGCGAAAGGACGAUAGUGAUCGAACCGGGCGGACCAGGCGGGAGCGGGACUUCAUACGCCUGGCGAUCUGCGCAGAACAUCACCGAGCGGUUCAGUGACAGCAAGUUUGACGUCCUUGGCUGGGACCCGCGGGGUGUCAAUGCCUCGCUCCCCGCUGUGGCAUGCUUCCCCCACGAUGCUAGUCGUGAUCAUUGGAACAUCAUCACGUCGCUUCACCACGCGGUUGCUGGAUCUCCGAGGACCCAGCUCGAGGUUGUCGACGCCAUGAACACCGCGGUCAUGCGUGCCUGCUGGGAGCGGCACGGCGAUCUUGGCCGUUUUGUCGGCACGGGGAUGGUUGCCCGGGAUUUGGAAGAGAUCCGCAUAGCGCUCGGGGAAGAUGAGCUGACUGGAUACCUUGUCAGCUACGGCACCGGCAUCGGACAGACAUAUGCUGCCAUGUUUCCGAACAGCGUGGGCCGUGUGAUCCUCGAUGGAACCGAGUAUGUCCGCGACCAUCGGCUCCGUGGCGGGUUUGGCUGGACUGCGUUGGAUAAUGCGACCGACGCCUGGAAUGACGGGUUCUUGGGCGAAUGUGUGAAUGCUGGCCCCGAGUACUGCGCCCUCGCAAAGCCUAAGGACGGCAAGUCCGUCACGCUACCGGACCUGAAGGCCCGCAUGGCCGCUUUGAUGGCGUCUCUCGCCAGCCGUCCGGUCCCCGCAUACCUCCCGUCGAGCGGUGGAACAAUGGUGAUGUACUCCGCCGUUGUCGACAACAUCUACGGCGCGAUGUAUAACGCUAGAAGUUGGCCCGCCCUUGCCCGGACACUUUCCGAGCUUGAGGAUGGCAAUGCCACCCUGGCGGCAUCGACCCUCGAAACGUCAGCCUGGUACUACGACCCCGAGGCUCCCUGUUCGACGGAUCCCAUCCGGCCUUCCGACAACGAACUGGGAAUCCUGGUCAUCUGCGCUGAUGCCUAUGAUGCGCCGGGCCGCGACGAUCUGGAUUGGUGGCUGUCCCUGUGGGGGAACAUGACCACCAAAAACUGGAUUGCCGGGAACUCCCGGUUCUACACUGUUCUACCCUGCCGGCACUUCACGCGGUACUGGCCUCAACCCGUCGGCGUAUACCGCGGGGACCUGAACCAUACUCUCAAGAACCCUGUGUUGCUCAUUGCCGAGACCUAUGACCCUGCGACUCCCCUCCGGAACGGCAGGCGGCUGUUGCAGGAAAUGGGCACCAAUGCGCGACUGAUUGUCCACCAUGGCUACGGCCAUUCGUCAAGAGACACCUCAGCUUGUACCGAGAGGAUAGCCAAGGCAUACAUCCUGGACGGCACCCUGCCUGAUGAGCAAGAAACGGAUUGCUAUGCAGAUGAGAAGCCGUACCUCUACGGGGUCAAGAAGAAGGUGGGCGCGGCGGUCCUGGCCGAGACCGAGGAUCCUCUGGUGGCUUGGAAGGAGCAUCUGGCUGAGCUGUCCUUUUUGGACCCGAGAUUGAGACCUGGACGGUAG